AUGAUACAAAUUGCUUUCAAAUGGUUCGAGGUAACUGAUUCAAAAAAUCAUCAUGUUAUUGCUGCCGACGGCGUGAAGUUCGUAGAAAUUGCCUCUCAUGAAGGUAGGAAAUAUGACGUUGUAGCAGUCGACGCCUGCGCAGACUCUUCCUCGAUUAUUUGUCCUAUCGAAGCACUUCGGAGUUACAGAGGACUGAUGGCCAUAAAAUCUAUUUUGACGACUAAUGGUGAGUUGGAGUGA